CAGCAGCAACACUUGCAACAACAACAGCACUUGCAGCUGCAACAACAGCUGCGUCUGGAGCAGACCCCAUCGCCGGAGGAGCUGCCACUGGAUCCCAUAGAGCCGCAGCUAUUGAUUGAUUUGGCGGCACCAGCUGCAGUUGCUGCUGCUGCUGCUGCUGCAGCUGCUGCAGUUGCUCCCAUAGCAGCAAGUGCAAUUGCAACAAGCGUCGCCAAUCCGCAAACGAAUCCCAAGCUGAGCAACAGUUUCAUUACCAGCGUAACCAGUGUGACCAGCCUGGACACUGGCUACCAAGGCGAUGGCGAAAUGUCGCGUCCCGCCUCACGUGGCGCCGCCUGCGAUCAUUCGCCAAGCAAUGGACCACAUUUGGGUCGCGUCAGUCGACAGCCAAGUUUUCCACCAUUGCCGGCCGCAGCAGCUGGAGGAGCAGCACCUAUGCGUCGACAGGAUCCGAUGACCGAUUCCGAUUUCUUUACCGAAUCCGAUGCGGAUGAUGUGCUGCAGCGAGGCGAUCGACGUGCCCAGGUCAUCGAUGGCCAGCUGUACGGGCCGACAAUGCAGCCGAGUGCCUCGGUGCCGCAGCUGGAGGAUUCGUGCAUGGAGUCCUCGGGCAUAUUCACCGACGUCGAGAAUCGCUGUGACGAAGAAUUGCGUCUGCCCGAACUGGAACUGGAUGCGGAAAUGGAGGCGGAAAUCGAGGGAGAAAUGGAAGUAGAAAUGGAUUUGUCGCCCGACGAUUCCACACAAACGAUGCGCAAGCAUCAAGGUCAAGCGCAAAAAGAGCAACAGCACUCUCAGUCUCAGUCGCAGUCUCUCUCUCACUCACACUCGCAGCAACAACGACCGCUCUCUUCAUCGUCGGCCGCAACGACGCUCUCGAAUCGCACUUCGUAUUGCAGCGUCGAUGGCGGCAGCGCCAAAAGCUUUUGCGACGAAGCUUUUAACGAAUCGACGACGAUGACGACGCCGAGCAGCGGCUCUUCGCAGCAGCAGCAGCAACAGCAACAGCAGCGAUCGUCGACGCUUUCAGUGACGGCUUCAGUAGUACAGCGUGCAGCGUCGCCGCGUCCACACGCAUUCGCAUCUGCAUCCGCAUCGUUAACGUCGCUUGCCACCAGCACCGUUGAGAAUCUACAAACGCUUUCGUCAAACUCCUCGACGACGUCGUCGCUCUCGUUGCCCAAAACAAAAACAACGCCAACAAGUGUUAAACAAAGCCCGACAAAUAAAACAAAACAAAAAGCGUCGCCAAUCGCUCGCAAAGCGCAUACACCCAAUAAAUGGGAUGCCGUUAUGCAUAAAAUCGCUAGCAAUAAAUCAACAAUCAAAACCAAUUACAAUGAUGUGAAAUCUAAAGUGUCUACAACGCGCAGCAUGGCAGCAGGAUCGGGUGCAUCGGCGGCUGUUACUCCGCCAUCACCAUCCAGCAGCGGCGGCAGUUCGCGCAUUAGUCCCACUGUGCGACGAUCGCCGGCUGCUGCUGCUGCUGCUGCUACUGCAGCCAGUGUUGUAAAGCGCAGCGUCAGUAGCAGCGCGAGGCCGACGUCAACGCGGCAGCCACAGGAUAAAGGCUCGGUUGGCGUCGGCGUCAGCGUCUUUGCGCGUCUCUCCAAGUCACCAACUUCGCCAACUGCAACAACACCAACAACAACAACAACUGCAAAAGCAGCAGCGAAACGUUUGCAGCCAGUGUUGAUUAAACGUGGUCGCUCCUACAGCAAGGACAGCCAGAAGAGUUCGCACAGUGACCUGAGCUCAUUGUGCAACGGCAAUGCCAAUAGCAAUGGCGGCGGAUCCCCAAAAUUAUUGGCCAAAACUCCACUGCGAGCAGCCAAAAAGCGAGAUGUUCGCAAUUUGAGCAUAUCGCCAACGGAUCUGGGACCGCCGCCAAAAACCCAACAGACCACAAAGGGACAAUCGACACGCAACAAAUCCACAACACCAACACCAAUCGCAAUACAGAAACGCCCAGUAAUAAAUGGCUCUGCGAGCAAAGGAUCUGUCCCAGCAAAGGCAACAACUCCACAAAAGGCAACCAAAAUUAAUGCAACAAUCGCAACAGUUGCAACAGCAACAACAAUUAUAAAUAAUAAAAAUGGCACAAAGACUUUGUCGGCAGACAUUUCAGAAGAAUCGCUGCGUUCGGGCGUGGAUCAAACGGAAUUGCAGGAUUUUGGAUUGGGUCUGAUUUUGUCGCCGGUGGCGAGUGCCGCACAAACGCCGCGGGACUCGAAGCGUGCCUCGCUCGGCAAUAAUGAGCUGCCCUGCAUUUGUGGCGCCGACAACAACAGUUGCAACUGUGCCGCAGAGAAGGCGCCCAAGGUGCAACGCUGUGGCAGCCACACACCCGAACAGCAGCAGCCCCUCAAUUCCAUAGAGCCAAAUUGCUGCCAGCAGCAGCAACAGGAGCCAAAUCUUCCCCAACAGCUUAACGCGGAGUCGAAUUUACUCAAUGCAACAAAAACAAUUUCCAGUACAAAUGAGGACCAAAAUGGUACUCAGCCCAGCACAGCACAAUCAAAGCACCGUGCAGUGGAGGAGGACAUUGUUGCCCUCAAUCCCGCCCUGAAGCGUUACAUGGAUAACGGUUAUCUGAACUAUGAACGCUUGGCCAAAUGCCUGGAGGCCAACAGCCAGUGGCUGGAGGAAGGACAACGCCAGACGACAGGACUCGCCAUUGUGGUGCAGUUUAUGUCCAAGCAGAUGGACAUGUUGAGCUGUGAGGAGGGCAAGGCGAAGGAUAAGCUGGAGGAGACAAUGGCGCUGCUGCAGCAGACGCAACACAGCUGCGAGGAGUUGCAACAGCAGCUGCACAAAAAGGAUAUGGAGUGGACGCAACGCCAGCAGGAGCGGGACCACCAACAGCGCAGCGAACUGCAGCAAGCACAAGACAAAGUGCAGGAGAUGCAAAUGAUAGCCAAGGAACGUUUCCAGGACUUCGAGUCGCAGCUGCUGGCCAAGGAUGAGGAGAAGAAGCAGGCGCUGCAAUCCUAUCACCAGGAGGUCGCCCACCAGCUGCGCCACAAGCAGGAUCAGCUGAGCGUUGCCGAGCAGCAGGUGGCGCAGUUGCAGUCCCGUCUGCAGGAGCACGAGCUGCAGCAGCAGCAGCUGCACGAGCAGCUCACCCAGGCGGAGAACAAACAUGCCACACGGCUGGAGGCGGCCACUCAGCGCGAGGAUGAGCAGCAGGAGCGCAUCAAAUCGCUGACCAAGGAGCUGCAAUCGCUGCGCGCCAGCAACGAGCACAAUGAACGUGAUCUACGCGAUCGCCUGGCGCUCUCACAGGACGAGAUCAGUGUCCUGCGCAGCUCGACGCAGCGUCGCAGUGCGAACAGCAACAGCAACGGCAGCAGCAGCAGCAACAGCCAGACAGGAACAUCAACUACAGCUGCAGCAGCUGGAGUAGGAGCAGCAGCAGCAGCAGCGGCAGCAGACACCAAUGCGGAAAUGUGUCGCCUCACAAGCGAGGCAGAAAGUCUGCGUUGCGUGCUCGAACUGAAGCAGGCCGAGAUCUCCACGCUGAGCAAACAGAAUGCGGAGCUGCAGCGCGAGAACGAUGAGCAGCGUGGCCUGAGCAGUCGCGUCACACUGCUUGUGGCACAGAACGAGAUGCUGCGCACCGAGCUGGAGGCCAAAACGGAGAAGGAGAAGGAUCUGCAGCGACAAAUGGAUGACAUUCAGAAGGCGUUCAAUCACGAGAACAUCAAACGCAAGCGCCUCACCUGCGACAAGGAGGAGUUGCAGUAUCACCUCAAGCAGCGAUCCGAGCAGCUGCAACUGGUGCAAGCCCAGCUGCACGAUCUGUCCCAGAAUCACUCGUACAGUCGCAGCAAUUCGAGCCUGUUGAACAAUACAUCGCCGCCAACGUCGCCGGUGAUUAAGGGCGUCAUCGAGCGCAACGAUUCCGUUAGCUGGGUGCUCGAAAUGGACGAUGAGACACCCCAAGUGGCCGCCUCCAAGCUGGUGCGGCGAGCCGGUUCGCUGCGCAGCAACAGCGAACGCAGCCCCACCCAACGCCGUCAGCUGCAGUUGCUCUCGCUAAGCGCCAAUGCGGCGAGCAGCGGCUGCGGCAGCAGCAGCAGCAGCAAUGGACACGGCAAUGGUCAUCAUGGACCCAAUCCGCUCUCGCAGAGCAUGUCGGCAACGGCGCUGAUGCGCAGCAAUAGCAGCAACAAUCAGCAGGAGCAGGAUACGCUGCGACCGCUGUGCCGAGCACGUUCACAAUCCGUUUGCAACAAGGAGAUCAUUCAGCCGUCGAAGCAUCGCCAGAGCUCUGAUCUCGCCCUGCCCGAGUGGCAUGUGGCAGAGCUGACAGCCAGUUCGCCACAACAUGCUCAACAUGCCGCCUCGGCUGGUGCAGCCGUCGAAAUGCGUUCGCGCACCUCAACGAUGAAACUGAUGUCGUGCGUGGAUGCGUAUCCCAAGGCGCUGAAGAAAUUCCAGGAGAUUCAAGAGUCUGCUGGCGAGGCAAUGGUGUCCGGCGCCAACUCUGAGGAUGAGAGCUGCUCCGCUUCGUCUGAGGAUAUGCGCAGCUCAUCCGCAUCCAGCACAGCUUCAGCUGCUGGCUGCAAUCUAUCCAAGCGACAGAAGCAACCGUCAAGGAUGUCCAUUGAGGAGGCACUGCUGCUCGAGCAGGUGAACGGUGGCAGCAUGAAUGGUACACCGAUGGAGGUUAGCUGGUCGGAGGAUGCGGCAGAUGCGGAUGUGGCAUGACAGCCGCCAAUCCACGACGAGGAUGUGGGCUACGAGGAGCGAGCUGUUAUCGAGCAGAUAGCCGAGGCAGCCGAAGAGGCUUACGAAAUGCAGCAGGAUGCCCAGCAAGAGGAGCUAAUUGUGGGCGACGAAGAAGAAGAGGAGGAUGAUUACCAGGACGAUGACGAAGACGACGACGACGACGAUGAUGAUGAUGAUAGCUUUUAAAGCAGUCGCAGCAAUCGGCGCAUCGAUUUGUAGAACAAUUCAAUGGGCGGCAGACAACAAAAUUAAACUACAACUGAAACUAAAACUAAAACUAAAAGCAUAGCUUGGCGCGCAUUGAAACAAAGUCAAGAAAAGAAAAGAA